AUGUUCUAUUCCCAAUUCUCCUCUGCAACGCCCCUUCCCGCCGAGCCAAAUGACAUAGUGGACAUAAAAAAGAAAGAUAAUGAACCUUUGAAGGAGUACAUUCAACGUUUUAUGUGGGAAGCCACCAGGGUGAAAUCCCUUAGUGAUGACAGUAAAUUAAUAGCCAUAAAUUCAGGAAUUAGGGUAAAGAGUUUGUACUGGAUUAGCUUGAAAAGAAAGGCUGCACGUACCACCCAGGUGUUCCUUGAUCGGACAGAGGAAUUCAUCAAGCUAGAGGAGGCCGAGUGGAAGGUGGAUAAUCCAACUCAGGCGGUUACCGAGCAAGGGAAACACAAAUCUUGGAAAUACCACCAAUCCUGCAGAAGGAGCAAAGAAUGGUCUAAGAAUGGAAAAUGCAGUAAUGGGAAUGGAAGUAGCGGUAACCAGGACAACAACAAGAAGCCUAAGACUGCCAAGCAACACAAACCACGGGAAUAUGUUCCAAAAUUUACUACUUACUCCAUCCUUCUAGAGACCCGGGCUGACGUUUUUAAUGCUACACAUGCCGUCGUACCAUACAAAAGACCUCCACCGAUGAGGAAGAAUGUUAAUAGACAGGAUAUGAUCAAGUUCUGUCGAUUUCACAAUGACUAUGGUCACAAAACCAAUGAAUGUAACCACCUAAAGGAGGAAAUAGAAUUCAUCAUUAGACAAAAUAGUGCUCAUCUGAAGAGUGUUGGACAGAGGUGA